AUGACCAGCCUGUUCCGCCGGAGCGGCGGCGGCGGCGGCGGCGGCGGCGGCGGGGGCGGCUCGGCCGGGGCGCGCGGGGCCGGGGGCAGCGCGGCCGCCUCGCAGGAGCUCAACAACAGCCGGCCCGCCCGCCAGGUGCGCCGCCUCGAGUUCAACCAGGCCAUGGACGACUUCAAGACCAUGUUCCCCAACAUGGAUUACGACAUCAUCGAGUGCGUGCUGCGGGCCAACAGCGGCGCCGUGGACGCCACCAUCGACCAGCUGCUGCAGAUGAACCUGGAGGCGGGUGGCGGCAGCGUCUACGAGGACAGCUCGGAUUCGGAGGACAGCAUCCCUCCGGAGAUUUUGGAAAGAACCUUGGAACCCGACAGCUCCGAUGAGGAGCCCCCGCCUGUCUACUCCCCGCCAGCCUAUCACAUGCACAUGUUCGACCGGCCUUACCCUCUGGCUCCGCCCACUCCCCCUCCCCGCAUCGAUGUGCUGGGCUCCGUGCCCCCUUCCAGCCAGAGGCGCUAUCGGAACUGGAACCCCCCACUGCUAGGCAACCUCCCUGAAGACUUUCUCCGCAUCCUGCCCCAGCAACUGGACAGCAUACAGGCUAACUCCGGCUCCAAACCCACCAGCACAGAGGGAGGCCUGACGCCUGCAGCCGGGCCCGGGCCCCGGGACCAGGACAGUCGCUGGAAGCAGUACUUGGAGGACGAGAGGAUUGCCCUCUUCCUGCAGAACGAGGAGUUCAUGAAGGAGCUGCAGCGCAACCGUGACUUCCUCCUCGCCCUGGAGAGAGAUCGACUGAAAUACGAGUCCCAGAAAUCUACAUCCAGCAGUGUGGCCGUGGGAAAUGACUUUGACUUUCCCUCUCCUGCCCCAGGAACCAGCGAUGCCAACCCUGCUGUGUCCGAAGAUGCCUUAUUCAGGGACAAAUUGAAACACAUGGGAAAAUCCACCCAGAGGAAGCUCUUUGAACUGGCCAGGGCUUUCUCAGAGAAGACCAAGAUGAGGAAGUCGAAGAGGAAACACUUGCUGAAGCAUCAGUCGCUGGGGGCUGCGGCAUCAACAGCCAAUCUCUUGGACGACGUGGAGGGCCACACCUGUGAUGAUGAGUUCCGGGGAAGGCGACAGGAGGCGGCCAAGGUGGAGGAAGCGCUAAGGGAAGGACAGUAAGAGGUGCCAGCAGUUCCUCCUCACCGGCCACAAUCUGAGCCAGGGGAGGCAGCCAGACAGCAAACUGGCCCCCAGCUGAAGAGCCCAGCUGCAGCCGGACAGAUGGUGCUUGAGUUCUGAGGCCCAGUGAUUCUCCGGCCACAGUCCAGCCCAGCCACUGCCACUGCCACUGCCACUGUCCAAGGGACUCAGAACUUUGGAGUUGCAUGCUGUGAUUGGAGGAAGGACCUGGGGUGGGGUGGGGUGGGGCCACAGCCAACCAGGCCCUUUUGUAGCCAGGCUGUUCUAUGGAGGAUGAGUGGAAAUGCGGGAUCUACCCUUUUCUUGGAAAAAAAAAAAAAAAAAAAAAAAAAAUUUCCCCCAGAAAACAGGCAAAGAUGGAGGACCCCAAAAGGCAGGAUGACCCCAUCGGUGGCUCACUGGCCUGAAGGUAGAGCCCCUGCCUUCCCCCUGUCCUGGUCUGUGUUGCAGGACCAUAGACACUGCCUGAUCCCCUCCCCACCCCCCAGCUCCCUUCCAGGCACCUUGGGCCCUUUAUUCGCAUCUCAGCCUUUCCCCUGGGAGUGCUGGUCCUCAGUCCCCCCUGCACAGAGCACUGGGUGAGAGAGCCCUGGGCAGUUGCUCAGGCCCCGUCUGCAGAGUGAUGGGCCACUCCAGAGAGGUAUCUGCUGACUGCCCUGCCCCGGCCCCUCACCCUACCUCUGUUAGGGGCCGAAACAGAGUCCCCAGCAGGGAUGGGGAGGCCGGCCACCCCGGAGCUGGAGGAUUCUGGCCAGGCAGGGAUAGUCUUUAUUCUGGCAGAAGACAAAAGCCAGUUCUGGAGGGGGGGACACUGCAGUCCCAUGACAGUGGGGGCUUAAGGGCUCUGACCCCCUAGCUGGACUAGAAGUUCUGCUGUUGCUAAGGGUGGGCAGUGGCCAGUUCUUUAGUAACCCAGAGAGGGUGCAGGACGGAGGGGCAGGCCAGCCCCCGUGGGAGCCGCUGGGAUGGAAGGGCUUGCUGGGUGCCCCUUGUGGAGAGUGAGAAGGUGAAGGGUCCAAAAGGAAGAGAACAAUAGCCCUACUACGAACCCGACCCAACACCAAGCACUGCCAAUGGGAGGGAGGCAGCCCCGCCUCUGCGGCCCCGCCCGCGGAGAUGGGCAGGCGCUGACCUCGGGAGACCCCGCAAGCCUGGGCAGGCACGAGGCUCCCGCCCGAGCGCGGGGAGCCAGCCCAGCUGCGCGGCAGUGGGUGUUGGAAGUGGGCGCCAAGCCUUGGAGGGGCUUGGUGGCCGUAAGUCACCCCGAGAUAAUGAGAGCGUGGCAGGUGGUCGCCACUAGCCCCGCGGUGCCGCGGGUAGGGGGGACCCCGGCCCGGCUCAGCAUCCCCCAUCCAGUGCGGAAGCGCGGGCACCCUCCCGAUCCCCACUGCCCCCUAUGGCCCCCGGAGGAUCCGGGCGCAGAAGAGGGGGAGUCCCAGUCCUGGUCCGUGUAUGUGGCUUUGUUAGUUUUGUUUUUGUUUUUCUCCUACGUGUGGGUUUUUUCUUGGAGCUGUUUCCUAGGAAUUCAUGUAAUAAAGACGUGGUGUUCUCUUUGGUGCUCUGA